UUGCAGAUGACUAUAGAGUGACAGCUCCUCGCCCACCUGGCAGUACUUACUCACUCGGACCACAUUGACGGCUGCUGUGAGAAGAUCCCCUCAGGCUAAAGCCCGCUACACGUGUAUCCCUCCCACCCCAAACAACUGUCUGCUAAGAAGCUACAAUGCGUGAAUGCAUCUCUGUCCACGUAGGCCAGGCUGGUGUCCAGAUGGGGAAUACUUGCUGGGAGCUCUACUGUCUGGAACAUGGCAUCCAGCCGGACGGCCACAUGCCCAGCCAGAAGCCUGUAGGAGGCCACGAUGACUCGUUCACUACCUUCUUCAGUGAGACGGGGGCUGGGAAGUACGUCCCAAGAGCAAUCUUUGUUGACCUGGAACCCACCGUCAUUGAUGAAGUACGCACGGGAACAUACCGUCAACUCUUUCAUCCCGAACAGCUGAUCUCAGGAAAGGAAGAUGCAGCGAACAAUUACGCCCGUGGACACUACACCAUCGGCAAAGAGAUAAUUGAUUCUGUCCUGGACAGAAUCCGCAAACUGGCUGAUCAAUGCACAGGUCUCCAAGGUUUCUUGGUCUUCCACUCCUUUGGUGGAGGCACUGGCUCUGGUUUCACAUCCCUGCUGAUGGAGAGACUCUCUGUUGAUUUUGGUAAAAAGUCUAAGCUUGAGUUUGCCAUCUACCCAGCACCCCAGGUCUCCACAGCUGUGGUGGAGCCUUACAACUCCAUCCUGACCACCCACACCACCCUGGAGCACUCGGACUGUGCCUUCAUGGUGGACAACGAGGCCAUCUACGACAUCUGCCGCAGGAACCUUGAUAUUGAACGCCCAUCGUACACAAACCUGAACCGCCUCAUCAGCCAGAUAGUCUCGUCUAUCACAGCUUCCCUUCGCUUUGAUGGAGCCCUGAAUGUUGACCUGACAGAGUUCCAGACCAACUUGGUGCCCUACCCUCGUAUCCACUUCCCUCUGGCCACCUAUGCUCCAGUCAUCUCCGCUGAGAAAGCCUACCAUGAGCAGCUGUCUGUUGCUGAAAUCACCAAUGCUUGUUUUGAGCCAGCCAACCAGAUGGUGAAGUGUGAUCCUCGUCACGGUAAAUACAUGGCCUGCUGUCUGCUGUACCGUGGUGAUGUGGUGCCCAAAGAUGUCAAUGUGGCCAUUGCGGCCAUCAAAACCAAACGCACCAUCCAGUUUGUGGACUGGUGCCCCACAGGCUUCAAGGUGGGCAUCAACUACCAGCCUCCAACUGUGGUUCCUGGAGGAGACCUGGCCAAAGUGCAGAGGGCUGUGUGCAUGCUGAGCAACACCACAGCCAUCGCCGAGGCCUGGGCCCGCCUCGACCACAAGUUUGACCUCAUGUAUGCCAAGAGAGCCUUUGUCCACUGGUAUGUUGGGGAGGGCAUGGAGGAGGGAGAGUUCUCCGAGGCCAGAGAAGAUAUGGCUGCCCUGGAGAAGGAUUAUGAAGAGGUUGGGAUUGAUUCAUUUGAAGAGGAAGAGGAAGGAGAGGAAUAUUAGACUCUUUUCAGGAACAAAAUUGGUCUGUUUAUUAAAUAGAAAAUAUUUAAGAGAUAUAACAUUUUGCAUGUUGGUUUCAAUUUUUUUUAAUUUACCUUUUUAAUUUAAAAAUCUUCCUACCUGUAAAAGUCUGAGAUACUCUCUUUGUUGUGCAACAAAUUUAUUAUUUUUGACAGUACAGAAAUGACCUGAUGUUUGAAGCCUGUGUUGUUGCUCAAUAAAUCUUUGCCCUAAA